CAACGAGAGAAGACGGCACCACCAAGAUAGACAUCGACUGGCCGUUCCUAGAACUGAUAUACCAACACACAGAAGACACCAAGUAUUCAGAAUUGGAACCUCCUCUACACUGGCCCAAUGGGGAAGAAGAAACGAGCGUGCCUAAGGUGAACAAAGAGGAAGAGAAAGGCAGCAAGAAGGAAAUCAGCAACCCUCUCCUAAAGCCAGGAGAGACGUUUGUGUUCGACCCCGAGAAGUAUAGGGAGGCGGUCGUCACUCCCUGGUAUAGGAAUCAGGACCAACCGCAGUUCUUUCUAGUAGCAGAGAUAUGUUGGAACCUCACACCAGACUCGGCGUUCCCUUCAGCCACUCAUACCAGCUUCAGAAACUACUAUAGCAAUAAAUAUGGGGUGGUUUUGACCCAGCCUAACCAACCACUGUUGGAUGUGGACCAUACGAGCGCGAGAUUGAACCUUCUGACGCCUAGAUACGUAAACCGCAAAGGCGUGGCCUUACCAGUGUCAUCGGAACGCACGCGCCGAGCGAAACGAGACCGACUGGACCAGAAGCAGAUAUUAGUUCCCGAGCUCUGCCGCGUGCAUCCCUUUGCGGCGCCACUGUGGUUCGCUACUGUGGCGCUACCUUGCGUGCUUUACAGGAUCAACGCGCUUCUCAUAGCCGACGAGAUCCGUCGAGCGGUGGCCAUAGACGUGGGUCUUGGUAUACCGAAGAUAGACGACUCCACGUGUCCUGGCUUCCAAUGGCCAGCGCUGGACUUCGGAUGGAGUUUGGCUGAGGUACUAAGUGCGGACUCUGAAAAGACUGAAAAGAAGAAAGACGAAGAAGAUAAAAAGGAGGAAAAAGAUGUUGAAGUCAAAGAAGAAGAAGAAGUGAUAGAAGAAAUUCCAAGAACAGAAGAACCACCGGAGAAAACCAUCAACGAUAUUCUAGCGGAGAAAGAGGAUGCUGAAAGUGGCUUCGAAAUCGGCACGUGGAGUAACGAUAUGGCGUCUUCAAUACCGGAUUCGAUUGAGUACGACGAGUAUAUGGAGCCGCUACCUUCCAACCUCACCUUCUGCACUUCUGCUUCAGGUGGUACCAACUGGUGCGACCCCAUAGAGAAACCGAAGAGAGAGUUCCAUCCGACCAGAACGUUCUCUAUGGCAGAGAGCGACUGCUCUUACAUGUCGAGUGAUUUCGACACAGACGACUCUGAUUUGAACACCGAUAGCGACGAUGACACUGAAAAUGGUGGAUUUUGGAGUAAGAACUCGAUGGGAGUACGAAUAGAGUACAAAACAGCGCACGAAGCCGAAGCUGUGGACGUUGAAAAGAAAAAGAAGACGCGCCCACAACCGCAGCGUGACGUCAUCGAUGACGCGCGCGACCGUGAUGCCUACAAGAAGUAUAUGGCCGAAGGGAACGGCCCUAGCGAGUACCUCGAAAAGUUCCGUUCAUCUGUCACCCACCACAAGCAAGAUCUAAUCACCAACGGGAACCUCAUCAAAAAGGAUCAAGCAAUCGCCGAAAUCCUACCAGAGACAAAAGAGCACAAACCACAGACUCUAAAUGCACCUCCGUCCAAAAUACUGGACGAUUUAUUCCCAUACGGCCAAGAAGAGUUGACCAUAGACUCUGAGGGCCAAAUCAGUUUGGAAAGCAUAGAGAAAAACAAAAGAGUGUUACUAAAAAGUUUGAAAGAUACGAUGAGCGAGGAAGAAGUGAAAAAGCUACAGUGUUUCUCUAUGGUCGACGUAGAUAUCGACUCGCCGAAUUACGUUAACGAAAAAGUCGCAAACGUAGGUUUUGAUACCAUAGACAGUUAUGUGGAGAAAAUGAGCAAAAAGGAUGAAGCGAAGGAGUUUAAGCCGUAUUACCAGGACGGUAGAGGCUACGGGAAGGAGUUCGAUUUUGACUAUCAGCCCGAUUUGGAGGGACACCCUGGGCCCAGUCCUAGCGUUAUUUUGCAGGCACUAACGAUGUCCAACGCCAACGACGGCAUCAACUUAGAGCGUUUAGAGACGAUCGGCGACAGUUUUCUAAAGUUUGCUAUCACCGCGUAUUUGUACUGCGCUCACCCGGCUGUGCAUGAAGGAAAACUAAGUCAUAUGAGGAGUAAACAGGUUUCCAACUUGAACCUCUACCGGCUAGGCAGGAACAAGCGUCUCGGUGCUAGGAUGAUAGCGAGCAAGUUUGAGCCCCACGACAACUGGUUGCCGCCGUGCCAUAAGGCGCCUCUCACACAUACACAACCUGACGCUAAGCUGGAGCAUCUAACUGAGGAUGCGCCUGUGGACAGCUCGGGCUGUUUCAUCCCAUACAACCUGAUCACGCAGCACAGUAUACCGGAUAAAUCAAUAGCCGACUGCGUAGAAGCGCUAAUAGGGGCGUACCUCCUGGAGUGCGGCCCUCGCGGCGCCCUCCUGUUCAUGUCGUGGCUCGGCAUCCGAGUGCUCCCGCGACAUCUGGUCACGCUGCCCGAAGACCACCCUUAUGUCAAGGCCGCUGAGGUCGAAAAUUGCACUAAGCAGUCAGCCCCCUCCUCGCCCAAGCACUCCCGAUCCGAUUCCGAUUCGGAGUCGGAAUGCAGUUCCGACGAGGACGAGCAGCAGGAGAUAGAGCUAGACUGGAGCGCGCUCAUACCGGGGACCUUAAAACCACAAAGGGCGGCUACUGGAGAAUGGAUGCAGCCCGUGUUUGGAGAACUGAAGGCGCCCCCGUCUCCUCUCCUAAGAUACAUUGAAGAUCCAGAAGGGGAAUUGGAACAAAUGCUAUCUGGUUACGAUGCCCUAGAGAGGACGCUACAAUAUCGGUUCAAAGACCGCUCUCUACUACUUCAAGCUUUGACUCACGCCUCGCACCAAAAGAACCGGCUCACCGACUGCUAUCAACGGCUGGAGUUCCUUGGAGACGCCAUCUUGGACUACCUGAUCACGCGGCACUUGUACGAGGACCCGCGGCGGCACUCGCCCGGCGCGCUGACGGAUCUACGCUCAGCGCUCGUCAACAACACCAUCUUCGCGACCCUGGCCGCGCGACACGGCUUCCACAAAUACUUCCGCCACAUGUCGCCCGGUUUGAACGAGGUGCUCACGAAAUACGUGAAGAUACAGGAGGAGAAUGGACAUUCCAUCAGCGAGGAGCACUACCUGAUACAAGAGGACGAAAUGGAGCAAGCGGAAGACGUGGAAGUCCCCAAAGCAUUAGGAGACUUGUUCGAGUCUGUAGCCGGCGCUAUAUUCCUGGACUCAGGCAUGUCUCUGGGUGCGGUAUGGAAGUCAUAUGUGAAUCUUAUGGGAGCAGAAUUGGAAGCCUUCAGUGCCGCCGCACCUAAAUCACCAGUCAGGGAGCUUUUGGAAGCAGAGCCGGACACUGCUAAGUUUGGCAAACCAGAGCGUUUAGCAGACGGCCGCCGCGUCCGAGUUUGUGUUGAAGUAUUUGGACGUGGCGCCUUCAAAGGAGUCGGAAGAAACUAUCGCAUUGCUAAAGGGACCGCCGCUAGGUGUGCCCUUAGGCACCUUAAGGCACAUGCUGCCAGGUAGCAUAAAGGAAGGCUGUAUUUGUAAGAACAGAAGAGAUAAGAAGAAACUUACCAUAUAUAACUUACCAUCAAGUCUACACAUAAAAAAAUACGCCUGUCACAUAUAAAAAAUUGCAGUCAUCAUCAAAUCAAAUUAAAUCAAAUCAAAAGCAAGACUGUCUUUAGACACUAUGAAAGAAAUAUUUUAUAUCGACGCGCCACUACAAACUAGUUGCAAUCUUCGCCCAACAGAUGGCGCUGAUACAUGCUUUACUAUGGCACACGCGAUCGCGCCUAUAAACCUGAAUCGCGGUAUCAAAGUUUUUUACCCCGACUAGUAUAUAUAGAAAACCGGUUGGUCGGUUGUUGAUCAUCAAAACCCACACCAUCAUCAGGUCAUUUACGCCCGUAUUCACAAACACUACUAUGACGUCUCACAGUGCGCGUGGACGCACAGGAUGACACACGAACCAUCACAGAGCUCUAUUCGACGCUGUGCGUUCGAUUUGCUGCUUCAUUUAAGCAAGCAUCGUUUGUGAAUACGGGCGUGACUCUCACUGCAAGAGUAAGACGUGAAAGCACAAAAUAGAUAGCAGCAGAAGAUAAUCUACAUACAAAGUGCGCUCGGACAACGUACACAUUGACAACGCUACUGGUCACACGCUAAUAAACGCAAACCAGUUUAAACCAGUGACGCUGGACUAAAAAUCAAAAAUCAAAAUCAAAAAUAUUUAUUCAGUUUAGACCACAAGUGGCACUUAUGAACGUCAAUAGA